AUGUUUUUAAUAAGCGGUAUUAGUAGUAUAUUAGCUAUAGGUCUAUUAUCGCCUGUACAAUCAAUUGUAUGUUUAAUAGUAUUAUUUGUAAGUGCAGCAAUUAGUUUAUAUUCUAAUGGAUUUGUACUUAUGGGAAUACUUUAUGUACUUAUUUAUGUUGGAGCUAUAGCUAUAUUAUUUUUAUUUAUAUUAUCAUUAUUAAAUAUCGAAUAUAAUUAUAAAGGUACAAUUCAUCCAUUAAUAUUUACUAUAUUAAUUAUAUGUUUAAUACCAUUAGAUUUAUCAUAUGAAACUUAUGGAAUAGUUGAAAAUGUUAAUAUAGCUUAUCCAUUUAAUAGUUUAUUAGAUUGAGAUUUAGAAUUAACAACAGUAGGAUCAUUAUUAUAUACUGAAUAUGCUAUACCAAUGAUUUUAAUAGGUUUAAUUUUAAUUCUUUCUGUUAUAGGGGCUAUUGCUAUAACUAAAUAA